GCUGGUCCUGGACCCCCCCUUCAGUGCCCGGCAAGACCCUGUGGCAGUGAGGUCGUCUCUCCUGGCCCUUCUUCUUGUUGUGCUCUCGUAGCCCCGUCCCCUUGUCCGCCCGCCGCCCGCACGCCCGCCCGCAACCAUGGAAGCCGAUUUGGACGAAGAGAAGAUGGGAAUGCUCCGCAAGGCCUUCGCUAUGUUCGACAGCGGGAAGACCGGGAAGAUUGAGAAGGAGAAGAUCCGUACGAUCCUCAACACUCUCGGGGCAAGCUACAUCAACGAGGAACUUGAGGCUCUGCUCACCGAGAACGACGUCGACGGAACGGGGAAGUUGAAUUUCGAUUCCUUCGUGAGAGUCGUGGGACACUUCCUUGAGGAGCAGGAUGAAGAAGCGAUGCAGAAGGAGCUGAAGGAAGCAUUCCGUCUCUAUGAUAAGGAAGGUAACGGAUUCAUCCCGACGGCGGCGCUGAAGGAGAUCCUGGGGGCGUUGGACGACAAGCUGACCUCCGCUGACCUGGACAACAUCGUAGACGAGAUUGACGAGGAUGGGUCAGGCACCGUCGACUUCGAUGAGUUCAUGGAGAUGAUGACCGGCGACUAAGCCAACAGCUGCUGCCAUCUAGCGUCGAAUCGGCUAAGCUCUGCCCUGGCUCUGCUCGGCCUGUCUUCCGCACGCUGCUACACGAUUCGCGCCUCUCAACUAAGCGCCAUUAUCUAUAUAUACUUUUUCACUUCGCCCAUUUUACAUUCUUUACAAGCCAAAUAUUGUAAAUCGUUGUUCGCAGUUUUUUUUUCUUUUUCUUAUUUUCUGCAAUAUUUAUUUAUUUAUGUAUUUAUUUUUGGCAAGCUCUGUCACAAGGCUUGUUUAUCAGUUCCAUUAAACGCGUAAUAAUAAUACCGUAUGUGAUCGGAUACAUUAUCUGAGCUACGCGACAAGAAGCUUAUCUAAUAAUCAUUCACAAGACACAUAAACCAACAGACAAGAAAUCCGUCAGAGAUCAUAAGAAUUAUGGACCAAGAUGGCCAUCAUACGAAGACCUGUCACCUGCAUAUUAUUUUUACAGCAGAACCUUGGAGAGAAUACUGGAAUAUAAAAGGAUAAUAAAGAAGAGAAUUAUC